ACAUCGCCGUACCGUGCCUCGACGCUGUUGCGUCUAUUAAUUAACAGACACAGAUCGUAACACACUCAAAUUAACAGACACUUCGCCACACCUCCUUGUGUAUUUGUGUAAUUUCAUAUAAAGCUUUCUCUAAUUAGGGGCGACAUUUCAUAGACUCGUGAAAUUCGUGAGAAACGCGACGUGGUUUAUAGAGCAGUAGACGUUUUAGUUGAUGUUAGUGAGGGGGUGAGGAAAAUAUAAAAAUACGAGCGCGAUAGGAAUUCACGGAAGUGACUCAGUGGGUAUUGAGUUUUUGGGUUUUGUUCAGACGAAUAUAAGUUCGUUUAGUUUGGUGCAAUGCAACGGAGUCAGACGGAAUUCUCCGAGACGAUGCGGUCGAUACCAUGAACGGAGCUGAAGCUGUCAACUUCGUAGGACCGGAACCAACUAAUCCGCACAAUUCAAGUGGUUCAGCGACUGUACCGGAUGUGGAUAGCGAGUUUACGCCGAUACCCCUGCACCCUGAAGAAACCAAGGAUCCGCCGAGUCAACUGACGAAAGGCUACCUCACCUCGAUUCUAUCCUCCCUGCCGAACUUAUCCUUAUCCUCGAUCACAGGUGAUUCCUCGAAUACUCAAAUAAAUCAAACGUCCAAACAGCCAGUCGAUGUACAAAGUGCAAAUCCUUAUGUGCCUUCGCAAGAUCGUGACUUAUUGAGGGAUACGUCGCCGCCUAUAAUCUCCACCAAUUUCCACGAUCCUCGACGCACAAAUUUAAUUGGAUCAAUCGACGAUAGCACCGGAAGUACUGGGAGCUUCGCUGCUCCACCGCCUGUGCCGCCCACGCUUCCUUCUUCGAAUAAUGCGUCUGUUUCAUACCGUCUGGGCAAUCAGAGACGUCUCAAAUACGCACCACCGCCUGAUAUAACAUCAAACACACCCAAGCAAUUCUCUACUCCCUCUCAAUCAAUCCUCGCGCCGCAAAGCUCCGCACUGCAAAGUACCACACCUCUGACUAUAUUUAAUCCAGCUGCUACUACCACGAUUCCGAGUUACCAACCAGUGGAGGCAGCGAUCUCUACGAGUUCACCAUCGAUACGUUCCACCCCGGAGUACUUGUCCCAAGCGAACUCCUUGCAGGAGUCAUUCAGAUCUAGUCCAGUAGCUGCAGUUCCUUACAGUUCGAGCGGCACUUCAGGAAGUGCGACGCCUCAAACUCAAAUCACAAGUCAUGAGACCGUGCAUCCUGUUCCCGAGAGGCAAUCCCUGUCUUUGAACUGUUCUACUCAAUUAUUAGAACCGAUUACCCCACAAAACACCCCUGCUGUGACUGCUCCUUACUUCGGCUUCGACGCUCAACGGGAUUUCCUUAAAAAACCAGUCAAUCCAGAGAAGGAAGCUACGAAAACAGAGCUGAACCGCAGUGAACCAUCGAUUUCAAAAGAAACCAUCAAAUCUAGUGGGGAGGACAAACCAACGUUCUCUCCGGUUUCAGCUGUCCAAGUUUCGGAGAAAUUGGAACAUUUGCUAGCUGAGCAAAAGGAGACUUCUUUAGCUCAGCCUAUUGAAGGACAGAAGAAAACUGAGGAAAAUGUGAAGGAGGAUAGAACUGCUGUUAGUUUGAAUGACCUAAAGGCGAAUGCUGAGGAAAAGGACAAUUCAAAAUCUAAUGCACUGAGCAACGCAGGUGUCGAACAACUUCCGGAGCGAUCAUUUCCUCAAGAAGUCCAUGCAGGGCAUGAGAAGCUUGAUCAAGUUGCACAGAGUCAUGGUUUCCCUAGCGUACAAGUGCCUCAGCAAUAUCAGACUUUUAACUUCUUCGCGGACAAACCAGAGCAGAGGUCGAAUUUAAACUACAUACCGAAAACCACCCUGCCUGAACCGUCAAAACCUUUUGUACAAUCGGCUAGCUCGUUUUUCAACGCGCCAGAGAGCGUCAGCUCCUUUCCUUAUCGUGAGUACAAAGAAAGUAACGCGAGGAUCGACGUGGGGUCCGAUUUACAGCAAGUGCCGUUGAGUAGCAUCAGUUCUCAGCCUCAAUCCUCAUGGAUCAAUAAUCAGACUUCUGAGUCUGUUAGCGCAGCAUGUCAAUCUUUGCCACCACCACCUCUGUUCUAUAAUCUCGCGCAAAGCGAUUCGGUUCAGUAUUCUUCAUUGAGUACACCGUACGAUCUGAACGCUUAUCAUCAUUUUGGAGGAUCGCAGACCCAAGACUUGACGAGCAGUAUUGGGUUUCUGAGCGCGGCUCCAACGAUGACGACUGUGCCUGAGCCGACGGGUUCGGCUACGUUGAACCCUGUCCAGAUGUCCGUCAAUCCGCUGGCCGGUCGAUCCACGACGGACGGUAUGCCUCCCAGUUUUCAGAAUCUGGUUGCUGGUUCCUCAGAUAGACGUACACAGUACAGAGGAGUGUACCACCACUGGUUCUACCGUAAGAAAGUAGAGCACAAGGUCCUAUGGCUUCCGUUCUCCAUGCAGGACAGCCUGCGGUUGGAGGAUGUUUAUAAUUCCACCGAAAUCGCCCCUGAAACAACGGUUGCUACAGACGGAGGUCGUUACGACGUGGACAUUCUGCGACGCCAACGAUCUCCUGUCUAUUGGAGCGGAGAAUCGUCGGAAGUGAGGAGAUCCUCUUGGUUCUUCAAAGGACCUACAGAAUCCAGAUAUGUCCCUUACGAUGAGAACACUGCCACUAAGCUUGAGGAGGAAUACAAACAGGCUUGCCUGUCGAACAAUUGGAAUCGAAGGAUCGACUUGAAUAAUGGCGAAUACAUUGUGUUCCACAGUGCUACUGUGCAAUUUCAUUACAUAAGCGCCGUCUCGCCGGAAGUGGCCGCCACUUGGGGCAACGUAGCGGGUUCAGAGGGCAGUGCAUAUUUGCAGGGUGCUGGUAGUAGACCUAAGGUGAUAAAACGAGGUCUCGAUGAAUUCCAUAUCGAAGACGGCGAGCCUGAGAAAGUGGACCACCUUCUCUUCCUUGUACACGGAAUCGGAAGUGUCUGCGAUUUGAAGUUUCGAAGCGUAGAAGAAGUCGUCGACGAGUUUCGAAGUAUAUCACUGCAAUUAGUCCAGUCGCACUACCGAACUGCCAGUGAACAGCGAAUCGUGAACAGGAUAGAAGUUUUACCAGUAUCAUGGCACACGACUCUUCAUUCUGAAGACACUGGAAUCGACAAGAAGUUGAACGCGAUCACUCUUGAUAGCAUUCCGAAGUUACGACACUUCACAAACGACACGUUGCUGGAUAUAUUGUUUUAUACAAGCCCCGUGUAUUGUCAAACGAUCAUGGAAACUGUUGGAAACGAGAUAAACAGGCUCUACGCUUUGUUCAAGCAAAGAAACUCGGACUUCGAUGGUGGGAUUUAUCUGGGUGGACAUUCAUUGGGUAGCUUGAUCUUGUUCGACCUACUGUGCCAUCAGAAACCAAUGCCAGACGAAAAGUCAAGUGAAAAUGACACAGAUUCAAAUGACGACCAUAAGCAAGAGAAGGCCGAUGAAUUGCAAGGUGAACCGGUCUUGAAACGACGUCUCAGUAAAAAGAUCAGCUACGUCGUGGGUGCCGCGGGGACGGGUCAACCUUACAUACAAUAUCCGCAGUUGCAUUUUCACCCACGUGCCUUCUUCGCCCUCGGUAGUCCGAUCGGCAUGUUCGUAACAGUCCGGGGGAUAGAUAUGCUCGGUGAGGACUUCGAACUGCCAACGUGUCCUGCGUUUUUCAACAUAUUUCACCCGUUCGACCCAGUGGCUUAUAGAGUCGAAGCUUUAAUUAAUUCAGACGCUCCGAAAUAUCGACCUAUGCUGAUUCCUCAUCACAAGGGACGCAAAAGAAUGCAUUUAGAAUUAAAAGAAACGAUGGCAAGGGUCGGUGCGGAUUUGAAGCAGAGGCUGCUAGAUUCUAUGAGGAACACAUGGAACUCUGUUUAUCAGUUAGCAGUGUUCCAUAAACCAGAUAACACCACGUUAGAGCGUGAGAUUGACAAAGUCGUGGAAGAGCAGCUGCAACAGACGCCGCCCGUUGUGGAUCAACAGAACGAUGACGGUGGUGCCGAGUUCAAAGUGGGGAAACUAAACGGUGGACGAAGAAUAGAUUACGUUCUUCAAGAAGCACCGUUUGAAUAUAUUAAUGAAUACAUAUUCGCGCUGACGAGUCACGUUUGUUACUGGGAAUCUGAAGACACAAUGCUGAUGAUAUUGAAGGAAAUCUACGGCUCUGUCGGCAUCCAAACUGACGCUCAACUACCCCAGCAGACCUUAUCGAUAGAACGAGUGUCUCCCUCGCCAUCCCUAGUCUCAUCGUCCAGUAAAUGCGACGAUAGAAUACCUGUGGCAACGUCUGUUAUGGGAGUCGAUCCUACUGCGCCCAUGUCAGAUAAACUCAUCGGCCCUCCACCAAAGAGUGGAUUUAUUAAAAAGUCAUGAUUCAAACAAAACCCUUGAAUCUUCCCUCGGGAGUUUCACGAAUGACGAAGUGAAGCUCGUCGUUCAAUUAUCACCGAUCAGAUCGAUGCUGGCAUUGUACCUGACGUUAACGAGAGUUACAAAUUUUAUAGACAGUGAGAGUUAAACCUGUGUUUCGUACAAGUGAUAGAAUGAUUAGCGCGUCUUAGCGAUCGAAAUAUCAAACGGAUGGAUUCAUUUGUUUCGUGUACAAUUUAAGGCCACCCUCUCGGCCUAUGUAACUAACUUUUAAACGCAAUGUGAAAAUUGUACAUAAGAUCUACUUAUAAAAUUUCUUCUUCAUUAAAUCUAUUAACAACUGUUAAAAUUAUUGGAUUAUAAAGAUUGGGUAAAUUUGAGAGCGAGGAAAUGGUGAGACUUUGUAAUAUAUUAAAGAAGACGUUAUGAAGAAUUAUGAUCAGAUUGUUUAUUGUAAAUAUAUGAUUUGUGAUAGGGUAUACAAAUUUUUUCACCGUUAUGAGGACUUUCUGUCAUUCUCGUUUAGGCAAGAGUUUUAAUAAAAUAUCGUAUUCUUUUA